AUGCCAUUUCCAAAGUCCAAAGCCACACAAAUGUAUAGACAGCUUCCUCGCGUGCCAACGACAAGGUUUCUUGCGCCACAAGAACUCACGGCUGACAUUUUGUUCAGCGGAUACAGGCCUAUUGUGUCUCCGCUGAGGGAUAACCCGCUAUUCCAAGCGAAAGUGAAGGAACUAGAAGUGGAAAGGGAGAAGAAUGGGGGAGGUAAACUAAAGUCUAAGGCAGCUUUCGCAUCCGAACCAGAACAUCCAUUCAUGGCCGGUCCCAACGGGACCGGAGGGAUCUUAUCUGGGGGCGUGAACGGGACGUGGCGUUAUAAUCCACGGAUACCAAACAAGUUGUUACAAAGCGCUCUUUGGUCCAGUAGUGCAAUGGGGAUGGAGUUCUACCCUGAAUGGAACGAUGUACCUAAUAAAGUAUCUGCAAGUUUGAAACCUUAUCAGUUGGAUCAACCACAGGAUAAGAAGAUGACCUUGAAGUUCCCACCAAAACAGACAGAUGAACUUUCCGACGAGAAGUCGGUAGAUCAAUACGAAGAAGUGGUUCAAGAGUAUCUACAGCAGUGGAAGCUGAAAUAA